AUCUUCCUUUUUCUUUUGGGAGGGGAUAUAUUCCAAAACUCGAUUGAACUUUGCCACUCAAGAGUUGACCCACCAACAAUUCUCCGUUUCCUUUGCUGGCAAACUUGACAAUGGCAGAUCCAGCUCUUCUCCACCAAACCCAACCCAUCAAAGAAAUUGCAAUAGACUACACCCCGGAGGCCUGCACCCACUGCCCUCUCUCCAACUCCAUAGCACUCACCUUUGAUCACCGUGGAGGCGCCAGGUGGCGUUCCACCACUCGCUUCCUCUAUGGCACUUUCAGUUCGCUCAUCCAAUGCCCCAAAGGCAACACCAGUGGUCUCAACUUCAACAUCUACCUUUCCUCCCUCGAAGGAGACAAAUCCCAAGACGAGAUCGACUUCGAGUUCCUUGGCAAAGACAAAACUAUUGUCCAAACCAAUUACUACACUACAGGAACUGGGAACAGAGAGCAGAUUCAUGAUCUGGGUUUUGAUUGCUCUGAUGGGUUCCAUGAAUACAAGAUCAAGUGGAAUCCGGAUUCGAUAGAGUGGGUGAUUGAUGGGAAGGUGGUGAGGAGAGCAGAAAGGAAGGAAGUUGAGGCAUUUCCUGAGAAACCGAUGUUUUUGUAUGCUUCAGUUUGGGAUGCAAGCUACAUAUAUGAAGCGAGGUGGGCUGGGCAUUACAUCGGUUGCGAUGCGCCCUAUGUUUGCCUCUAUAAGGAUACUCAGGUGCCUGUUGCCACUGCUGUGGAGUGUUCUUCUAAUUCGGUGCCUGUGCCACUGAUUCGGUGCCUGUUGCCACUGCUGUGGAUUGUUCUUCUGAUUCAUGACCUGGUUUCUUGCUUUGGGUGAGUUGAGUGUUUUGAGUGACUGUUAUAAUUGAACCCUUUGUAUUAUUGAUCCUUCAAAUUGUGAUUUACAAGUAUUUUGAUGGGGUUUCCCAGGUCAUCUUUACUCUCUAUCUAUAUGGUAUAAGUUGUAAUCUGAACUCUAGUUGGUUGGUGAUAAUAAUCUCAUUUUGCUUCA